AUAGAAAGCGGAAGGCUGGAUGUCACUGGCAAAAUGGCGGCCCCCAGCGGUCUACCCCGUGUCUGGUUCCGGGGAAGUUGUUGCCGCACGUGGUGAGAACAUGGACGAGCUGCCCGAGGAGGUGCGGCAAUUCUUACAGCAGCAUCCGGCACUGCAGCUGAUCCCCGGGAACAAGGUCCGCUUCACAGUGACCGGCCACGAGCUGCCGUGCCGCCUCCCGGAUCUGCAGAGUUUCACGGAGGGCCGGAAGUACCAGCGGCUGAAGAGCCGCGUGCAGACCUUCGAUUACAGCAGCUACGAGCCGCACAUUGUGCCCAGCACCAAGAACGGACAACAGCUGUUCUGCAAAUUAACCCUUCGUCACAUCAACAAGGUCCCGGAGCACGUUCUGCGUCAUGUCAAAGGGAAGCGCUACCUCCGGGCACUGCGCAUGUAUGAGGAUUGCCAGAAGCGAGGGGUGGAGUAUGUUCCUGCUUGUUUACAAAACAAAAAGAAGCGGCGCCCCCUGGAGGAUGAGCGAGCACAAGGUGAAGGAGGACAAGCGUGGGACCCUAAGGACAGCCAUUCUGAGGACAGUGACUCGGGGGACAGCAUGAGCGACCUGUACCCAGGUCAUAUGUUUUCUAAGAAGAGCGCAGCUCCGGAGGAAAAUGCCAGCAAUGACGAGAUGGAAGUAGAGGAAACAAAGUGCAGCAACCCAAGGAAAAGACUGCAGAAACAAAAUGGAUCCUCCCGGAAGAAAUUCAAGUCUCAUCAGAAGAAGUCAAAGACAACCAAGAAGCUGUAGGCUCUGCCAGCCUGUUACUUAACUCGGGAGUCAGAAAACAGAAUAAAGGCUUUGAUUCUAGAUGCAAGCUGCUGAGAUCCAGUUCUUGAGUGACAGACUCUCCCAGAGAAGUCUGAGGUCCUGCAUUCUACAGACUCUUAUCAGCCGCACUCGCCGAUCACUCACUCUUUGUGUACUCAUGAAAUCACUGUUUAGGUAAAAAAAAAAUACCUUUUCUAAUUUCUGUCACUAGAUUUACAAGAAAAAUGCUAGAAACUUGACUUUUUUUCAUUUGGUACUAAAGGUCCUCACAGACCUAUCAGCCAUGAUUACCUGUAGCAGCCACCUCCGCUGUAUGGGGAAAAGCAGUUGCUGCGGUGAUUGCUUGUCCCCAAAUCAUUGCUCCGGGGCAGCAGAUUGCUCUUCUCACAUCACAAUCUGCUUCACAUAAGCAAUCAUUUUUGGUGCCGGCUGAAGGACGCUUUUGCUCAUUCAUCAGGCGUUUGCUGGGGUUAGAAGCCAGGUAUUUUUGUAAAGGCUCACCCUGAUAGAUGAGGUUUAAAACCGUAGUGAAAAAACACAACCAAAAGUCUGAGCGCAUUGAUGAGAUGGGAUGGUUGUCGCAUUCAUUUCUCUGCCCUUCUGUUACUUUUUCCCUCUUUUAUAUUUUUGUUUCAAAGAUAAAGGAAUAAAUCUUCUGCAAAUAA